AUCACAUAUUUUGCUAAUUCAUUGUCGACUCAAACAAACCAAACACUGAAAAAAUCAAUUGAAGUUUUGUAUUGAAGAAGACAUUACCACUUAAAGACCUCUCACUCUCAUUGAAGACAAUAUCAUCACUUGAAGAUCACUAUUAGAUAUGGAAGACUUGGGUAUUGUUUUGCCCGAAAAGGAGGAAAUCUUUACCAGUGAUGUCAAACAGGUAACCACAGCGUCGACACCAACACAAGAGACUGAAGACUUGGACGAUAUGUAUGUCAAAUACAAGAAACUUCAGCGACAGUUGGAGUUUCUUGAAGUACAAGAGGAGUACAUUAAAGACGAACAGAAAAAUUUGAAGAAAGAGUAUCUUCACGCACAGGAAGAAGUAAAACGCAUUCAAUCGGUUCCACUGGUGAUCGGCCAGUUCUUGGAGGCCGUUGACGCCAAUACAGGUAUUGUCGGUUCGACUACGGGAUCCAAUUAUUAUGUUCGCAUCUUGAGUACCAUCGAUCGGGAACUGUUGAAGCCGUCGUCAUCGGUAGCUCUACACAAACACAGCAACGCUUUGGUGGACGUACUGCCGCCCGAAGCCGACAGUAGUAUAGCUAUGCUGAGACCGGAUGAGAAGCCCGAAGUAAGCUAUGCCGAUAUCGGUGGUCUCGAUAUUCAGAAACAGGAGAUUCGCGAGGCUGUGGAGUUGCCGUUGACACACUUUGAACUCUACAAACAGAUCGGUAUUGAUCCACCGCGAGGUGUACUGAUGUACGGGCCGCCCGGUUGCGGCAAAACAAUGUUAGCCAAAGCAGUGGCCCAUCACACGACUGCAUCGUUCAUUCGGGUAGUCGGUUCCGAGUUUGUCCAGAAAUAUUUGGGCGAAGGUCCCCGAAUGGUGCGCGACGUGUUUCGAUUGGCCCGAGAGAACUCACCGGCCAUUAUCUUCAUCGACGAGAUCGAUGCCAUCGCUACGAAACGUUUCGACGCGCAGACCGGUGCCGAUCGUGAGGUUCAGCGAAUUUUGCUGGAACUGCUCAAUCAGAUGGACGGUUUCGAUCAGACUACCAAUGUUAAGGUAAUUAUGGCCACCAAUCGAGCCGAUACAUUGGAUCCGGCACUGCUCCGGCCGGGACGGUUGGACAGGAAGAUUGAGUUCCCGUUACCUGACAGACGCCAGAAGCGAUUGAUAUUUUCAACGAUUACCGGUCAAAUGAAUUUGAGCGACGAAGUCGAUCUGGAAGACUAUGUCGCCCGACCCGAUCGUAUUUCGGGUGCCGAUAUCAAUGCCAUUUGCCAGGAGGCCGGUAUGCAUGCCGUCCGCGAGAACCGGUAUGUGGUUUUGCCGAAGGACUUUGAAAAGGGCUACAAAAAUAACAUCAAAAAAGACGAAUCGGAGCACGAAUUUUACAAAUAAUAAUAAUUAUUUAUUUUUAGUUAUUAUUACUGU